AUGGAGAAAAAAGAGGGGGGAAGAAAGGGGUACCCCACUUCUGGGCAACAAUACCCUGUGCACAUGGCUCAGGAUUCGAUCCCAGUCGAUCCCCCCAGUGUAGGUGUAGAAUGUGGUGGCUACCUUUCUCCCACCUAUACUAUCUACUACUAUACUGCCCAAACUGAUGGCAUCAUCAGGGGUGUCUGUCUAUCAGAGACCAAGGAUAGUAAGUACUAUGGGGUAGAUGAUCCUGGGUCGAACACCAUUACUGCACAAAAUUGGGGAACUUGUUGGCUGUCUGAGCCUCAUGAUUGGGGGGCUCGUCUAUGCCAAUGGAGGACGAAUGCAUUCUGGCCAGCCCACCCAGCCAACCCCGGUGUCGCUCCUCAGGCUUUCAUCAAAGCCUCAAGCACUCCCCAUUUCGGUGGUCCACUUUUGGAGACGGGCUGCCAAACUCAGGGAGCUAGGCAAGGCUACCCCCCCUCCGUUGGCGAUCGUCAAGUCUGCCGGGUUUUAGCCGGUCAGUCCGAGUCUGCCUGCCAAGAUCCCUGGAUUCUCUGCAGACAACGGAAGGAAGCCUUAGCACCAGCAGAUGAAGAAGACGACGACGGAGUAUCUAGAGAAAGGAGGAUGAAAGGAAUAGCCGAGAUAAGCACUCUACAUCCUUACCAUGACCACCAUCAGGAACCAGCUUUUUCAGGGGCAAACUCUUACUACUCAGGCAAGACACGAACAAUCAGAGGCCUGGAGCAAUGUUGGAAAGCUGUGUUGGCCGUCCAUAGCGCUGCUAUCACAGAAGCAUUCCGUAGCGGCUCUACCGAGCAAGGGAGCCUUGGGAUGAUGCUACCUCAGGCCUCCUUACUGAAAAUCCAAACACGGUUAGUCUAUGCUAGGUACACAAAUGCCCAGGCCCUGUGGAACAAGAAUGUUUUCGCUUCGUGCAUCCUUCCAGGAGGUAGAGGUCCCAGAAAACAUGGGGGCCAUGGUCAUUCUGACUUCACAUGGGCUUCUAGCUUGUUUCAGUUCAAGUUUCGAAAUGGUGAUCUCAUCAGCGAGGCAGAUACCCUUUUUGGUAUAGAAAGCGAAGCGGCGAAUGCAGUUGCGGACUCGCGGCACUCCCGUUCCGUCAAUGGAGUUGUGGCUGGGUCUCCGUUAAGAGUAGGUGCGACUCGAUUCGGCAUAGAGGCAGAUCCAUGCCGAAAUUACCCGGAUCGACAGCAUGGUCUGAUUCUCAUUAUAGGAGAAGCUCGCUCCCUUGAUAAGCGGGUUUCUUCGGGAAACUACCCUCAGCAGGGGUGGCAUACUUCCCCGACAGACUCCAACUGGGGGCUGCAACGUGCCAAAUCGGAGAAACUUGCUAGUGGUCCUGUAUAG